UGUGACCACAGGUGAGAAUGAUAAGAGAAACAGAAAGUAAAGAAAAAGCAGCAAAUCUUUGUCCCUCAUGAAUCAUGAUAGACAAUCAAUCACAUACAAUUAUUAAGGCUACUCAAAAGAGAAAGUUGAGUGAAAAAUGGAGACCAAGUGGAAGAAAAGCUCCUCUUCAUGUCUCCACCUGACAACACUACUAGCAGUACUACUAAUUCUUCAAAGUGUUCUUGCUGCUGAAGAAAAUGAUAUUGAUCAACAUGGGCAUUGCAAUGGUUCAAUGGGAUUCUGUGAUGAAAAUGGCAACAAAACGGCGCCGAUGGAGUCGGAGACCAGUCGGAGGUUUCUUGAAACGACUAAAUACAUCACUCUUGGGGCUCUGAAGCCUAAUCUACCAGUCUGUGGUGGUGAUGGUGAAAGAGGAGCUCCUUACAGUAGAAGCUGCCUUCCUCCGCCAUCAAACCCUGAGAGCAGAGGCUGUUCCCAGUACUACAGGUGUAGGAAAUAACCACUUGGUUUCUCUCAUGUGGUUUACUGAUGGGUGGGAAAUAGAUAAUCGACACGGGAUCUUCAGUCUCUAAAUCUUUCUUUGUGUCCUAAUGCACUUGUAACCAUCAUAUCAUAUCUGUAACCAUCAUAUCAUAUCUCUAGACUUUUGUGUUUCGAGUGCAUUGAGAUAAGAAGAUAGAAGAGACACAAGAUCAUUAUCCAUAAAUUAUAUGCAUGCAUGAAGUUUAAGUGUUUAGUUUGUGACAUUGUCCAUGAUUGGUAUUUCUAUGUGUUUGUUUUCUCUUUUGCUUCUCUCUCAUUGUACAAUAUAAGGCAUGUUUGCCCUUAAGUAAUGUUUUAGAAAUACUAUAUGAAUGCAAAUGGGCUAUUGCUCUGAGUGUGUUUUUAAA